AGAUUAAUUGCAACAUCAUUUUUUUUUCUUUUUAGGUGGACUCUUCUAUUCUAUUUUACUAGGACUAGGAUACUACCUUUUGUGAGAAUGGUAAAAGGAGUUGCCCAUUAUCUCGCAGUGAGUGUAUCAAAUAUCUUCUCCUCAUACUUCUCAACAGUAUCACUCUGUUGUCUCCCAUUUCUUCAGAUGCUAUACCUAUUUCCACUCCGACUCUAUAGUUAUGAUGUUGAAAAUACGCGUUACAAUAUCUGUUUAAGUAAAGACUUUGUCUCCUCCACCAAACUUACUUGUGAUAUCAUCAUGUAAUUGCAGCACAAGAACAACUUGUUUAUUGUUAGAAAACGACCGAUAUACAAAGAAAGGAAGGGGCUUUUGUAUGGCUAGUGAAAUGGAGGAGGUGGCAGAGAAGUGUUUGGACUCUGAGCUUUGGCAUGCCUGUGCAGGAAGCAUGGUGCAAAUUCCUGCAGUGAACUCGAAGGUCUACUAUUUUCCACAAGGCCAUGCUGAGCAUACAUGUACGGAUGUUGAUUUCAGUGCACUGCCGAGAAUUCCUGCUAUGAUCCUAUGCAGGGUUGAUACUGUAAAGUUCUUAGCUGACCCUAAAACUGAUGAGAUUUAUGCUAAGAUUAGGCUUAUUCCGGUUUUAAACAAUGAGCAUGACUUUGAAGACGAUACUUUUUUUGGAAGCAGUGUGGUUGAAACAACUGAAAAGCCUAUUUCCUUUGCCAAGACAUUGACUCAAUCAGAUGCAAAUAAUGGGGGUGGUUUUUCAGUUCCCAGGUACUGUGCCGAGACAAUUUUCCCAACGUUGGAUUUGUCAGCUGAUCCGCCUGUCCAAACUGUGAUGGCAAAGGAUGUUCAUGGUGAAAUCUGGCCGUUUAGGCACAUUUUUAGGGGCACGCCUAAGAGGCAUUUGUUGACAAGUGGUUGGAGUACAUUUGUUAAUAAGAAGAAGCUGGUUGCAGGGGACUCCAUUGUGUUUCUGAGGGAAGAAAGUGGUGCCCUUUGUGUUGGAAUUCGCAGGGUAAAGCGAGGUGGUAUUGGUGGACAGGAAACCCAAUCGGGGUGGAACUUAAUUGCUGGGAAUUAUGGUGGAUCGUAUGCAUAUUUGAAGGAAGACGAGAAGAGUAGUAGUAAUGGAAAUCUGAAUUCUUCUGGUGGGAGAUUUAGAGAUAAGGGAAAAGUGAGCCCUGAAUCAGUUGUUAGAGCCUCAUAUUUCGCUUCUACUGGCCAGCCUUUUGAAAUUGUUUACUACCCUCGUGCAAGCACACCAGAAUUUUGUGUUAGGGCAUCUUCGGUGAAUGCUGCAAUGAGCGUUCAAUGGUGCUUAGGGAUGAGGUUCAAAAUGGCUUUUGAAACCGAGGAUCCUUCUCGGAUCAGCUGGUUCAUGGGAAGUAUAUCUACAGUUCAGGUUGCUGACCCUGUCCGUUGGCCUCAUUCACCGUGGCGGCUUCUUCAGGUGACAUGGGAUGAACCGGAUUUGCUGCAGAAUGUAAAGCAUGUAAACCCAUGGCUUGUUGAAUUGGUCUCUAACAUGCCCGUCAUUCACUUGUCUCCACCUAGGAAAAGAUUGUGUUUGCCACAAGAGUGCGCACUUGACUGCCAAUUUCCAUUACCUUCAUUUUCGGGCAACCCCCUCGGGUCCAGCAGUCCUUUUGGUUAUCAACCUAACAAUAUCACUGCAGGCAUACAGGGAGCCAGGCAUGCUCAAUUUGGAGAUCCUUUAUUGGAUUUCCAACUUAGCAAAAAGUUGCAGUUGGAAGUGCUACCACCCGUUGAUGCUGAUUCUGAAAUUCCUAAUGACAUCAGUAAGGUCCAAAAAGAGAGCAAUGAAGAUUUAUCUUCCUUGCUUUCCAUGGGUAUCUCUAGUCAGAUGUUGGAGAAAGCUGAUGAUGUGAAGAAACCUUCGUUUUUACUCUUUGGCCAGCCAAUUCUCACUGAGCAGCAAAUGUCAAGGGUCGAGUCUACUAAUGCUCCUCCACAAGUCCAAACAAAAAGAGACUCCUCCGGUGAGGCACAAUUGAAAACUGAGGAAAUUUCUCUGGGCUGGAAAGACUUUUCAGAAUGUCUAUCAAGUGCUUCAUUUCUUUGUAAUCGAGGCUAUCACGCAGCUGAACUUGGCGCGUUUAUUGGUCACUGCAAAGUAUUCCUAGAUUCAGAGGAUAGAGGACGUAGUCUUGAUCUCUCAGUUCUAGGAUCAUAUGCAGAGCUGUAUAAAAGACUUGCAGACAUGUUUGAGAACGAAAGAUUAGAUAUGAUGACGAUCAGUGUGCUCUAUCUAGACGCAACAGGUGCAUCUAGACAAAUUGGAGAUGAACCAUUCAGCGACUUCAUCAAGACUGCAAGAAGACUGACAGUUCUGAGGAACCCUGGCAACGGUACUGCAAGGAAAUGGCUAUCCUCAACGUUGUCUAGAUACUUCAAACCAGACAGGAUCCCUUAGCAUCUUUGCACAAAACUAGCUUUUAUUUAUUGCCUACGCGAAUAAGUAUCUUAGAAAACCAUAGACUACUAUAUGUAGUUUGAAAGGGCACUACUAGUGGAAACAUGGAUAUGUUUCGAGGAUGUUUCAGUUUGUUUUAAAGUUGGUAAUAAUAUGAAUGUCAUUCUGCUGACUACAUCUUGCUGCUGUAACCACAUGUUAGUUUGUUCGUUGUGGUAUUAUCAAAAAAAACAUCAAAUUUAUUCA